UAAAAAAAAAAAGAUUCGUGCGACGAGCAACUGAAGAUGCCAGAAGCCGAAACGUCGUGCUCUUGCCGAGAGUGCUGCUCGCGGUGAAGGACGCCUGUGUUGUUGUUGUUGGUGGUGGUGGUGGUGCUGCUGCUGCUCGGACAGCCCCUUGUUGACGUGCUAGGGUCUAGUGUGAGAAAGUGAUUUGGACUUUUCCCAGCUGCACUUUGUCUCAUAUAUGACGACGCGCGGGAGGUGAAAACUAGCAGUGAAGACUUGUGCGCGCUUAAAACAGAAUCGGCCACUGGACAGCAGAUGAAGAUGGUUUCUUCGAAAUGGAAUGUGACUGGACGUCUCGCAGUUCUUCUGGUGUUGGUGGCGGCGCUGCUUUCGCCGAGUGGGGCUUCCCCUUCGCCCUCGGCAGCACUGGACGACCUGGAUCUGGAUGAUUUGGACCUGGACGACCCGCAGCUGGAGGACGGCCUGGAGGCGGUGGGGGUGGUGGGGACGGCGGAGGUGGCGCAGCCUCAUGAGGACGAGCACGUGGGGGAGGUGAUGCUCAGCGGGCACGCGGAACCCACGGUGGCACAGAAGGAGACCGACGUCUACAGGCUGGUGUCUUCGGCGAUGCGCCAGCCGUCGCUGCGCCGCCAGCUGUCGCAGAUCCUGCCCAUCGUGCGCGCCAUGACGCCGGCGCAGCGGCUGGCGCUGGCGGCCAUGCUGUCGCAGGCGGCGGCGGGCCGCGCGGCCGCCGCGGGGAUUCCCCUGGGCGGAGCGGCGAACGCGCCUGCGCAGAAGCUGCUGCUGCCGCUCAGCUGGGACAUCGCCAACCUCAUCACGGCCAGCGCCGCCGAGGCCGACGGCGGCCGCCUGCUACGCGACACGCAGGUGGGAGGAGCGCCGCAGGCUCAGGAGCUGAGGCGACGGAUGGGCGGCGGCCCCAGCGGCUCCCGCCGGUCGCCACCCCCGCCGCCCCCGCUGACCAGACCAGUGCCGCCGCCGGUGGACCUGCCCCCACCACCAGGGAACAACAGGAGGAACGGCCUCGUCACUACCGACUUCCAGCCACCACCUCCGCCGCCGCCGAAGAUGCACCGGCCUCUGACGCCGCCCCCGCCGCCGCCUCCGCCCGCGCCGCACGACCUGCCUCCGACGCCCGCCACAGGAGAGCAGCACCAGCAACAGCUGCCGACGACGUUUCGGCCUUUGCCCGCUAGGCCGCAGCACCGCCUGGAGACGGCCGACAACGACCCGGAGCCGCAGUCGUGCAACUUGGUGGCCACCGACCUGUGUCUGGAAUCCGACGACUACCCAGACUCUGCGAUCCUGGCGAGCAUCCGGCGCAGCCAGGGCUCGAUGGACGCCAUGCUGCUGGACAGCGGCCAGCGCUCCACCUCGCCGGCGCCUGCUGCAGACAGACGGCCGGAUUCGCCCUUGGCCGCUGCGCUGACGUCAUCGCAGACGUCGGAGUCCGGCACGGCGUCGCUGUGCGCGUCUCGCACACAGCUGGCCAGGCCGAGGCGGGCUCGCGCCACCAGCGGGCAGUGGAAGUUCGUCGUCAACGUGGGCGAGUACACCCAGACGCUGCGCCUCGACCUCUGUCUAAAGCCUCGUGAAAGCUGCGGCCUGCUACCGGACAACGUGGAGUCGCGCUGCCAACAGGUAUACAACUACCACCGCCUGCUCACCUGGGACAACGAGCGAGGGCUCCACAUGGAUAUCUUCAAGGUGCCCACGUGCUGUACGUGCCAGGUGACCGCCGUGCACCCGCUGCUGCAGCGGCCAAGCAAGCAGCCGACGCAGCAACAGCAACAGCAGCAGCAGCAGCAGCAGCAGGCCGGCGCCAAACACCACGAUGUCGACAACGACGCCGACGCGGCGGCCGCCGUUCCGUCCCGGCUGCCAUCCAUCACCACCCCGUCGUCGGCGCCCACGACGCCACCGCCCAGCUUCCUGCCGACGCGGCACGGCUUCCGGCGCCCAUCCACGCACCCUGUCACCGGCUCCCCAGGCUACCUGCCGCCUCGGGGGCCGCCGCUACCGCUCGCCGACCACGGAGGCGCAGACGUCGACUCCCGUCUCAGCUGGCUCAAGCGCAACCGCUCAUCCCUCUACAACAGGUACCCUCCGCGGAGGCCGAAGCCGCACGUCAUCUCCUCCGACUCGAUCCGGCGCGGCGCCACUACGAGGCAGCCGCAGGCGCCGUCGCCGCCGACUCUGCCGACGCCGCCGGACGCCGCCACCCCCAGCCCUGACGGCCUGAGCGUCGGCGCCGCACCGGGCCCCCACCGGCGCGUCAACUACAGCUACCACCCCAUCAUAGACUACAUCCGCCAGCAGCAACUCGCCGAGCAGCCGGCGGCGGCGCUGCAGUCGCGCUCCGGCGAGGGCUGGACGCCCAUCGGAGGAGGAGCCGCCGCGUAGGAACAACUGCUUUCGACGUCCACUGGAGACAUGCAGUCGUGUUCACGUGCCACUUUACGCGGUCAGGGGCCCUCCACCACGUAGCUGACGCUGCAGUGUUGGUAUCCGGCGCAUGACGCAGUUUGGAAUAUCCUUAAGAAAAGCCAAAUCAAGGAUGUAACGUUUUCGAACCUGGCUGAAAACUGACUCUAUAUAUCUACUACUGUGCAGAUACAAGAGGUCGUGAAAACAGAGACAAUUGUUUUCUCCUCUACUUAAACAAAAUGGAGCCUUUACCGGAUUAUAACGUCAAAGGUUCUUUAUCAGGCAGUGUUGACAGACAAGCGUUCGUAUAGCGUUUACUGCCACUACGGUUAAACACGCUAUAGCUGAGGCGCCUUACAGCAAAGAAAGACAUGGGAAUCUAACGUCUCAUCUCACUUUAUAAUGUAUCAGUGCUCGUGGACGUUACUGAGAUAGCGCUUUGGGCAUUACGAGAGAAAGGAUGCACGUAGUAGAUAAACCCAAAACUCUCAGCGACCUUUUUCUUUUUACCAGUAACGAUAGCUGUUGGUUUGCUCAUGAAUUAUUCAGUGAAGAAGCUGGAGAAGAGACACCGUAGGGAUCUACGCCGUUGGUGGUACCAUUAUUCUCACUUUAUGUGUUUCUUCUAAUAUUAAGAACAGGGUGUACUUUUUGCUCCGAAUUGGAGUGUGUAGUGUUUUGGAACUUCUUGGAAGAUUUAAACGGGGACUCUUAAUCAGAGACAUGAUCUUUCAUGGACAACGCUCUUACAGACUGAUUCACCUCUGGCCGUACGUAUUUUCUAUUUUUCAAUUCUAGAUCUACAGCUAUACUCUGGAAGCUGCUUUAUGGUGCGUAGCGGAGGGUGCUUUGUGUACCACUGUUACUUCCUCCGACCUUUCUCCACUCCAGUCGCAAAUAUUGUGUGCAGGAAGAACGAUUGUUUUAAGGUCUCGUGUAAGUUUGAAUUUCUUAAAUUUUAUCUCGGUAUAUAUAUAGUAGGAGGAAGCAAUUUAUUGGUUGUCUCUCCUACUAAGGUACGAUCUUUGAAUUUUUGCAGUAUACCACAUUGUGGUGCUCAACGCCUCUCUUGUACCGUUUGGCACAAAAGUUGGAUGAGCAUCCCUGUAGCCCUUUCAGGCUUCCCUGGGAUAUCCGUUCUCUCAGAAGUGCUAGUCCAGCAAGGUAUGCGGACGAAAUUUUGUGAAAUUUGGAAAAUAGGAGGGAGAUAUAGGUGGGCAGGGUGUAAGGAUAGGAUCUGAGGUUGACUUGGAUAACGCAGUCAGUAAGAUCAUUUCCUGCAGAAGGAUAUGGUUCUGGGUCCGAAUUCCCGCCCGUUACAUGUUUUUGGAGUGCCACAGAGUUUCUGUGGCAGUGGUUCGGACUUCCGUUAUCCAAAGAUAACAGUUGAAGCAUUACAUAUUGUAUCAGAGUUUAGUCUAGUUACCCCUCUUUCUAUCGUUAAGUGAUGCAUCUACAAGCGAUUCGUGAUCGCAUUCCAGGUUGUGAACGAUUGAAAUGCUAAGCGAUUGCGUCUGUACAGGUGCAUUAAAAAUAACUGUAACUCAAUGUUUUGCGGUUCAUAGGCGGACGAAGUUAUCGGCAACAUACGUCGUUGGUGUGCUUUCAGUUUAUAUCCUAAUACUAUUACAUUAUAUCAAAGAAAGUGAUGACCAACCCAAGUCCAGGUUGUGAACAUUGGAACUGCUGAACGACUGUAUCUUUGCAUGAAGGUUAAGUAUUGUCUAAGAUCAUUUAUCAGUGUUUUUAGAGAUAGACUCAGUACAAGACGAGGUACAACAUUAGUGUUUAAAGUUGUCACUAUUCUGAAAGUGUAGCAGCUGUAUUUCCAGUAGUAACAAUUAGGAAUUUCAUGGAAAUCAAGGGACUUGUAAAUGUUUUAGUAAGUCAUUGAUAGUUGUAUAUUGGCUUUAUAUUAUUUAUGCAGCAGCACCGAUGGUGGUGUUAGAAACAGUGAAACUGCUCCUCUACAGAUAAAAAAUUCCACGUUGCUAAGCUAUACGUGGUAAAAUGAGUUCUUUGAUCAUCACUCUUGAAGGAUUUCAGUAUAUUUAUGCUAUAACCAAAUGAAAUUUGUAAUCAGAUGUAAUAUAGUUCUCAGACUAUUGUGUUCACUAUUUUGUAAAGAGGUCAAUGUCCUCCAGUCACAAAUACAUGAACCAAUAUUUACAGUGAUCAUAAUUACGUAUGUGCAAUAAAAACAGUAUUAUAGCUGUAAUGGAUGUUAGUCAUAAUCCUUUCAGGACUUGUUAUCCUGUGCUUUGUUUAGAGAGAGUGACGUAGUGAAUUUAUCAGAAAUGCUGUUACAUAUUAUGCACAAUGUCUCUAUGAAACCUUCUGUAUAUGAAUUCUAGUUUCCGGUAAUACGGUAAUUGAUGCUUGUCUAUUAAUUAAAGUUAAUUUAUUGCAAUUUGUCAAUCAGCAAGGAAAAUAUAUACUUCACGUUAACAAAAACUGCUUUCGAGUCAAAUCAAAUCGUUAUUUGAGACUUAAGUCUUUCACGGUUUUUUGUUUUGAAAUCAGUAGACGUAAAACUUAGCGCGCUUCACGUUAGAAACAAAAGCAUGAAUCUUCUAAACUGGACAAAAGCGAAAGCAAUGAAAGUGUUACGCACGUUCUCUUUUUAAGUUCUGCGUGUAAUAACAAAAUUUCCAAAUUGUGUUACAAUGACUGUUGCUUCAAUAAAGAAACCUGCUCUUUUUUAUUAUGUUGAAACAUUAAA